AAAGAAGAAGAAGUACUAUCAACAAUAUCUCCAUAAAUAAAGAAAUAUGAAGGCAUGGGUGAUAGGUUUGCUAGUGAUCUGCGCCGUGGUGAUUGCGGAACCAGUGGAGAGUCGGAAUUACAUAGAAUAUGGUGCGAUUAACAAGUGUGCCGGUCCUAAUCCUCCUCCAGGAUGCAAUCCUCCCGGGACUGAACAAAAAAACCCUACUCCCGUUAACGAGUAUAGCCGUGGCUGCAGCAAAAUUCAUCGGUGCAGGCGCGAUUGAACCGUAAUGAUGUUCAUCAUAUAAAAUUCUUCAUUUCAAUGAGCCCCGAAUCUAUUUGCUUUUCAUG